GGUAAAGCGUCGACAGUCGUGUUUGCGAGACUUUUGCUGCUUUGGAUCAAAUUGGAUCAAGUUUUGUUCAAUCCAAGCCCCAUGAGGUUAUGUUCUCACGCGAACUUGCCCAGUUUCUGAGUCAAGUCCGGCAUCUUGCACAUGCAGAUGUGAUACGUAUCUUCAACCUGCCAGAAGAGUCAAAUUUGUCGAGCCUUUUGCAACAACGGGUCACUUUCUCUUCAGUCUAAGCCUCAUUUUCACACACCAAGUUCCUCGUCUCCUGAAAUUCCCGUCGACUUUUAUCACAUGGCGUUGCGACGUGUACACUCGACCUGUCAGAUGUGUGAAAAAGUUUGCCAUCGACUGGAAUGCACUGUGCACAAGACAUCAGCGACCUGUCCACCUGCCAUCCAUUUCCUGCCCAUCACUCUCCAUACAGUUUCACGCAUCUUACAAUGAGGGUCUCGAUAACCCUGCGGCUGCUGUUCACUUUACUCAUCACAUUCAUUGCUGUCGGCUCAGCAGCUGGUGGAUUUUCCAAAAAGCUGAAGAAGUUAUGGGGAUCCAAGUCUAGACCGGAGAACUUUGAACAUGGAGAAUCGAGCAACACCAUUGUAGAGUCCGCUUCACCUGGCGACCCUACCUUUGGCGAAGCACUCGAAACGGGGAAGUGCUAUCAGGCAAAGAUCCGUCUGGUUCGAUCGGCGUCCAUCCUCGAGUCGCAGAUUCAUUGCGAUAAUCUCUGUAGGAUCCACGCGCAUGCGUUUGUCGCGAUCUACAAAAGCAAGGAUGAAGCGGAUGUUCCACAUUCCUUUUGCAAUCGCGGAUAUGCACAUUUCUCAUACGACUCCUUCUGCCAGAAUUCAGGAUACGUCAACGCGACAGAAGGGAAGGGGCCGUAUUCGAAUGUCAAAGCUGUUCUUGUGAAUAUGCUAAAUGAGUAUGGUAAAUACGGUCGUCUCGAUGCAGACAGUCCUCGCUUUACUGCAUUCUUUCGGCAAUUCGCAAGUGGUUUCAGUUUGGAGGAUGCCUGGCUGGGAAGCAUGGUGGAAGAAUUUACUGCAUUCGAGUCUUAUCCAUCCAAUGAAAAGGGAACCGAAGACGAAGAGCUACAGACUUGUCGAUGUGGAAUCUGGGCUACAUUCACUAGAGUACCCCAUCGGCCAGGGAGUAAGCACAUGUGCGAUUUGCCUCAGUUCAGCUCCUUCAUCAGCAGGAUCAGUUCCGGAUGGACGCUUGCCUAUGAACAGACAAGUGGUACUUAUGGUGAGACCGCUGUACCUAAACGACUCUCUAGGCACUUCGAACAAUUCGAAGGCAUGCCAGAAGAGGCAUCUGAAUGGUUCAUCACGCGCCCGGCGAUUCCAGUUGACCAGCCUGGCUUUGAUUGCAUCCAAACUUUGCGAGAUGAGCAUUGGAAGCAAGCUCCUACAGGCGACACAUUUAUUGAGACCUUGCAGCCGGAGCACAGCAACACCUUACAACAGGAUCAAGCUCCCCACGGGUGUCCGCCAAAACCCUACUGGUGAAGUCGAUCGCAGCUGGACUGCUUUUCUGCGCCGUCGUUCGCGGCUUCGAGCCAUGUCGCUAUGCCGAAUGCACACUAGUCCCCUCGCGUUCCUGGCAUUCGCCAGUCACACCCUGCUCAACAACAGCUACUUCAACUCAGUAUCCAGACUA